GAUUCGUCAGCUAUCAGUUUCCCGAGGAUUUAAAAAAAUGCCGAUUGAUUUUUACUACGCGCCUGUAGUCGGACAGUGUCGCUUUAUUGAGUUGACCGCGCGAACGUUGGGUGUCGAUUUGAAUUUCAAAGAGCUCGACCUGAUGAUAAAAAAAGAACACUUGACUCCCGAAUUUCUGAAGAUCAACCCCCAGCACUGCAUCCCGACAAUUGUCGAUAACGGAUUCGCCCUCUGGGAAAGUCCGGUAAUUGCCACCUACCUUGUAGAAACUUACGGAAAGACCGACUCUUUGUAUCCCAAAGACGUCAAAAAGCGAGCGGUUGUCGAUCAACGUCUGUACUUCAACAACGGCGUGCUCGAUCAACGCCUCGCCGAGUACUACUACCCCGUAAUCGCGGGCAAAGGAGCUCCCGAUCCGGAAAAGUACAAGAAAGUCGAGGAGGCUCUGGAAUUUUUGGACGGAUUUUUGGGCGCCGCCGAGUACGUCGCGGGGGAUUCCAUGACGCUCGCCGACUUCGCCAUAGCGACAACCCUGUCCACUUACGAUGUCGCCAAACUCAAACGUUCCGAUUACAAGAACGUCUCGAGGUGGUACAAGGCGCUUCAGACGUCGGUACCGGCGUUCGAGGACAUAAACAGCGUCAAGAAGCUUACGAAAAUGUUCCAGGAGCUCGCCAAGAAAGCUAAACAACUCGCUAAACAAUAAGUCAAAUUUUUGUGAAUGAUUUCUUUGUAAAUAAAUUUGAUAACUUGGGCUUUCGACAACU